GGCCUCACGAAGACAAGGCUGAGAAAGAAUCAGCUAUCUCCAUCCAUCCCCAGCCAUGAAUUUCCUCCGGCGACGUCUCUCCGACAGCAGCUUCGUGGCCAACCUGCCCAAUGGCUACAUGACGGACCUGCAGCGCCCAGAUAGCUCCACCAGCUCCCCGGCUUCCCCAGCCAUGGAAAGGAGGCACCCCCAGCCCCUGGCAGCCUCCUUCUCCUCUCCAGGAUCCAGCCUUUUUAGCUCCUUCUCCAGUGCCAUGAAGCAGACCCCUCAGGCCCCCUCGGGGCUGAUGGAGCCUCCGGGUCCCUCCACACCUGUGGUUCAGAGACCCAGGAUCCUGUUGGUGAUCGACGAUGCCCACACAGACUGGUCAAAGUAUUUCCAUGGAAAGAAGGUGAAUGGAGAGAUUGAGAUCCGAGUAGAACAGAAUGCCCUGCUGGCACUGCGGGGGCCUCCCAGCAGCGUCCAGCAGGGCCUGCAGGAAUCAGGCCGGGUGGUUGGCAUGUCACUCUCCUCUGUUUGUGUUUGA